AUGCCAACGCACCUUUCCGGACGCGAUUCGUCGAUAUUUACUUCGACGAUGAGGGCUGGCUUUGGUCUCUGGUGGUAUGGAAGGCGUGGAUCCAUUUCCUCGUUUGCGGUGCACGUUGCUGCUAGGCGGAGCCGUCGAGACGACGGCCUUCAUCUCAUGGAGCCAUGGGGUGCCCAAAAUGGCGUUGUAAAUGGCUGGUUUAUCGAUGACGAAGAAUUUGGCGGCUUGGUUGUUCCUCCGACGUGGAUAGGUAGGCGGAUCGUGCCUUCACUGGAGACAUGUUCGGAGGUGAAUCCGGUGAGGGAGUACAACGAACGCUUGAUCUGUUUUCUGCUGAUUCCCAUGCGGUUGAGGGUCUCUUUGUAG